GGCUGUGGCAGUAGUGUUGUGUCUGUGACGCAACUCGAACGAACAAAGUGGGAGAGCGAGGAUGAGAUUAACACUUGUGAUAUUGUUAGUGGCUGGGACUGGGGCCUUGCUUGUUUCAGCCCAAGAUGGCCAGAGGGCACAAGCUCGUGCACGAUUCCGCGCUUUAGCAGAGGCUGCGCGUAGUGGAGAUACUGAAGCCCAACGUAUCUUGCAGUCCCGCAGAAGGCAGCGCGUCCAUCAACGCCCAGAAGCUGUUCAGUCAACAGCAGUACCUGCAAGGCCAGUUUUCCAAGGUGCAGUUCAGACCCCAGCAGUUGUAAAUGAACCCGUACGGGUCAGGGUUCCGGUGCGUCGCAACCGAGUACGAGUGGUACGGCCAGAACCUACAACUUUCCAUCCUCCCACACAACGCUUUACAUUCACUACACAAGCUCCAGAGCCAGCGUUCCCCGAUACUGAAGAAAGUGUUCUCGCAACAGACCCCUUUACUGAAGCCCCCUUCUUUGAGCCCAUAGCUACAGAGCCUGCAACUGAAGCUCCUUUGAUACACAAUGAAGCUCCUUUGAUACACAAUGAAGUCCUAACAAGGCGUCCUACGAGACCUCAGUCCCGACGUGUUGUGCAGUCCAGACCUGUUGAUGAUUUUGAUGUAAACUUUGACCUUGAGCCUCACAGAGCUUUGAACACAGGUCUUGAAAUUGGUACCCGUUCUGAACACAUUAUUCCAAGAUUUGGUAAUGAUCGUACUACAGAGCCCCCAGUUGAAACCAUCCGUCGUUACUCAUACUUUGAUGAGCAAGGAAACUAUGUCUUUGGUUAUGAAGCUGCAGAUGGCUCUUUCAAGGAAGAAGUUCGAAGACUGGAUUGCGUAGUAGAAGGCAAGUAUGGCUACAUUGAUCCAGAAGGCGUUCGCCGUGAAUUUACUUACACAUCAGGUAACAAAUGUGAUCCCAAUGCUAUUCCUGAUCCUGAAACUCAAGAAGUCCCAUCAUUACCACUUAAUGACCAGUUUCUUCAACAAACAAAAGAACAGCAACUUUCUCAAGAUCAGCUUGACCAACUGCAGUUCAACCGUCGUCGUCGACCAGUACAAACUAGUCAGCAAGAAGAACAAGCGCCAGUUAGGGGCAGUCGUCGUCGCCAACCAUCCCCACGACCUGCGCCCCAACAAACUUUCCGACCCGUUCCAGUCAGGCAGCAGGAGCCUGAACCAGUAUUUCCUGAGGCAGUUGCAGAUCCAAUUGAGGUAACCCCAGCUCCUGCUCCCAUCUUCACUACGCCUCCUUCUCUCAGUAGGUUUACAACCCCAGCAUCACUGAGACCUAUAAAGCAAAAAGUGAGACGCCCUCAACCACAAACUCCGACAUUCGACCCAGUGCAAGAAGAAGAACCAAGCUUCCGACCAACCACACACCAAGCCUUCAGGCCUCCAGAAGGUCCCUCCUUUAGGCCAACUCCAAAGCCUAUUGCCUUUGAUUUCGACAGAGAAUUCAACCAGCUUUUUAAUAACUUCGCUGCUCCACGACCAACUACUCGUCCCCUAGUAUUCACACCCCGACCUGCCCCAAGGCCAACAGCUGCACCAACUUUCAGGCCUCUUCCUCCUCCAACUACCACACGACCACCUCCUCCUCCUCCACCACCUCCCACUGCCGCACCAGUCACACAUGUGUCCCUCGAUGACGGGUCUCAAACUCUGAGUGGAGGAAGCGACGUUGCAAACCAACUGGUAUUCGACGCUGCCAGCGGGACGUUCAAGAACGUCAAAGUGAAGGCAGGGACCACCAGCAGCAGCAGUUUCCUGCCAAGACCAGCUUCUAACCCAUUCUCUGCGCAGUCUUCUGCAGCACCCACAACCUUUACAGCUGCGCCUAGGCCUCCACCAACUCAGAGCGCCUCCACAGUAGGACGCCCACUUCCACUGGCCACUUUCGAUCCCGCUAGUCAUUUCGUCAUCAACCAGAACGGUCGAUCGCCGGCUGCUGCCGAGUUUGACAAGUUCUUCUCUCAGUUCAACUUCAAGUUCUAAUGUGACUUUGAUCUUAUAGUACUAUAAUGGGGAAAGCUGCUUCUGCAAAGCAUUCCCAACGAACAAUGCCAAUAUUAUGAAAAAUAUAUAUAUAUUUAGUUUAAUCUUAUUUUGUACGAUGCUCAAUUCUUUUUUUUUCUUUUACUUUCUGUCCGAUUUUUCUCCUAUGGCGGAUGUUUUCAGGCUUUUGCUGAAAAAGCGGAACUUCAGACACUCUACAGAGACUUCAGGGAACUCGAAACUUAUAGAUGCUUCAGAGUAGAACCAAGUGAGUCUGCUAAAAUUUGAAAAAAAUAGUGAACCUUACUUUUUUUUUUAUACCUCUUUGGCAAGUAAAGGCUGGAAUCACUGUACUCAUGUAUAGUGAACAUAUCACCAUAAGAGACGAAGUUAUGGCAAUGAUAUGUGAGUUUUAAAAUGUUAUUAGGACUCCCAAUGAUAUAGGCCUAGGCUACUCGUAGAACUAGUAGAAGAAAACAGAAAAUCAAUCUCUUUCGAAAAGGCCUGUCUCUCAAAAUUGACUCACUGUUUAUUUAAAGAUAAAUUACAAUUUCAAACGGAUGGUUGUCUGUCGAAAUGAUCGCGUCCGAAGUGUAUUUUUAAUUAGUUGACAUAAAUUUUGGUCAAAACGAACGAGCCCAUUAAACUGAACUUUGCUCUUUAACGUAGAGCACAAGUGGUAAGUCGUGGCAGUCUCUCUCUCUCUCUCUCUGGACAACAGUUGCUGGAGAAUAUCCAGUUUAGCCAGUUGUCUAUGCUUUUCCCUUAUCUGAUUUGUCUAUAUUACGUAAAUUACUUUAAAAGUAACGUAGAGGAAAUAUCUGUCGAAUUCUGAAGAAUUUACAAUUUUCCCCCUCCAACCCGCUAUACCUUUGUCCCGUCCAACUCAGUAGCUGUAAAUAAAGCUUCUUUUUUUUCUCUCUCUCUUGUUCUAUAUCUCUAUUUUUUUUUUCAUUCUAUUCCUGUUUUCCAGUUUUAAAUCUCCUUCUGUCUCAAAUCGUAUCCUUCGGGAUAUCACGGAAAGGAAAAGUAAAGACCAGUCUAUCCUAGUAAUCUGUCCUGAGUUCUCCCACUUUUUCUUCUUCUUCUUCUUCUGUCUUUGUGCGGGCGAUGGAGUCUAGUAUGUGCUACACAUCUCCGUCCUCUUUUUACCGUUACGUAGUGCUAUGCAGUCUCUGGUGCUAUGAGUCUUUCUCUGUUUCUGCUGUCUCUAUCUCUCUAUUCCUUAUACAAAAUCCGCAUAGUCCAGGGCUGCGUGCGCUAAGAACUGCGCCAUGCCCAAAGCCAUAGAAGGUACGCAAGGACACCCAGUUUCCCGCCAACUGCACUCGCCCAGAUUAUUGCUACUCUGGAUAAGCCGCCGAUACGCCGCCCUUGAGACGUACAACCGUUCCUUUGUGAAAAUCUACAGCAUUUAUCAAUAAAAACUGAGGGGCUGCACUACGUAUCACCUAGCAUUCCUCUACUUUCAUUGUUUCCCAGAUAAUGAAAACUUAAGUUUUCCGAGUGACAAAAGAGGCGGUAAACUAUGCAUAGGCCUAAUGCUCCCCUUUCACUGGGCUUUGCUUUUCUCUUCCCCGAAACUUUUUUUUUAUUAUUUUUUUAUAACCUCCUGUUGGUAUCACCAGCCCCUUUUUUAAGAACUGUAAAUACAAUGUACAAUGAUCCUUUUGUUACUUAAUCUUCAUAAAAUAAACUAUUCUGUCAA